GACCAAUAUCCACUUCCUAUUAUAUUUAUUCUCUCUUUUUGUUUCACCUCUCUCCUCUUUUUCCUUUCUUCAGGUAGGAAGUUGUAAUAUAUCCAAGACUCGAGCCGACUACACCACUUAAUUCUUUACUAUGCACAAAAUCUAUCUUUUCAAAACACAAAUCUGAGUUUUAAAUAAGGACAGACAGGAAGUAGAAUUUCAUACAAAAGAAUGCAAACAAACACGCCUACUAAUCAACACCUAUACAUUACAAUAAUAAUAAACACACAUAUCAUACAAUCUUAAUACAUUACAGAAGUACUAUGAUAUGAUGCCAGCUGAAGCCCCACCUGCUAAAGUUAGGAUAAGUGAGGCUUUAUUGCUAGUGCUAUAUGAAGCAGUCUAUCUUAAUAAACACUUUCACUCUGUCCUAACACACACUCGAUCUGUUUCAACUCCAAGUACACCCACCUCUCCUUCACCAGCUGUUCAUAAAGACCUUCCAGUUCCCAGCUCUCCAACUUCCACUGACGUUGCUUCUAUUGUACCAAUGGCAGCACAGCCUAUGAACCUAUUGGGUACUUUUAUUACAUUCACAUCAAUUAUCAUACAAAACAUUAAAGACGAUAAGGGAAGCAUAAUGCUAGACUUUGUCUUAUCAUUUUGAAUUGUACUUAUUAUUUUAUAAUUAUUUUUUGCAGAUAUUUUAUAGACUUCAAGAUGACGGUUCCAAAUGAAUACCCAGCCUCUCAUGUUCAGUUGGAAUUUAAAGAGAGCAACCUGCCAGUCAAUCUGUACCACAUAAUGAAAGGCCAAACAGUCGAAUUAUUGAGACAAUGCAUAGAACCACCUAUCAGAAGAAACCCACGUCCUGGGCCCUUUGUUCCCAGACCUUCAUUGCAGUUCAUUACUAAUUAUUUGGUGGUUGAUUGUCUCAGGAGCAUUACAACUGAUUCCUGUCCUGUAUGCAAUAAAAGAGCUUUACCAACUGAUCCCAAGGAUAUUAUUAAUGAUGAAGGUCAUCCUCAGUAUGUGUAUCGUAUCUACUGUGGACACUUGUAUCACUUCCAAUGUAUUGAUAGUUAUAUGAAAACACCUCCAUUUACAGGUGAUUCACUAAUCAUCUCUAUUAUCAAACUUAGUUUAAAUGGUAGCUAUUUUUAUCUUUAAAAAAAUAAUAUUUUGCAGAUGGUUUAAUAAUACCCUGUUAGUACUUUUGUAAAAUCUUUUAGCAACUAUACUUGUUGAUUA